AUGUCUUCAUUCUUCCGCCGCGAACUAUUGUAUGCAGCUAUUGUCUGCCUCACACCACUUGGCUUCGGCUACCUGAUUGGUUACCCAUCACCAGCCGCUUCAUACUUCCGCAAGGAGUGGGGUUCAGAAUUCCCAGAUAAGCACUGGGACCUCUUCGUCGCCAUCAGCCAGCUCACUGGUGCAAUCGGUCCAUACAUUCCUUCUUUACUCUUCAAAUUCGGCUUAGGUCGCCGCCUCGUCGCUUCAAUCAUCAACAUCCUCUCGAUCAUAUUCUGGGUUAUCUUAGCAUUCAUGAAAGUCAAGACAUUCUGGAUGGGCUUCGUAAUGCGUGUUCUCCAAGGCUUCAUGCUUGGUGCUUUCUCAUCACUCGGCCCACUCUUACUCCUCGAAGUCGCUCCAGCUGAGCAGACAGGUCUCUACGGAACAUUCAACCAGAUCUUCAUCGUCAUCGGUAUCCUCAUUCUCUA